GUGACAAACAUUGCGUCACUGUUAGCACGUUAUCAGUUGUAUUUUCGGCCGGCAACGGCAGCAGCUCUGUCAACGAUGUCGGAAGCGAAAACAGUCUAUGAUUUUGUCGUCAAAGAUGUCGAUGGAAAGAAUGUUUCACUUGAAAAAUACAAGUAA